UGGCGGCGCGCGGGUGAGUCAGGCCGGGUUUUCCCUCCGCCUCUGGGGCAGGCGAGCGAGCGCCGCGGAGCGGGUCCCUCCCUCGCCAAUCCGGCUCUGGCGGCCGCCCGCCCGCUCGCCUGCCCGGCCGCGUUUUCCCCGGCCUCUGCCGCCCGGCCGCUCCGGGCCGCCUCGCAGUCUCGCCCGGAGCCGGUGCCUGGAGGGGUUCGAAUCCGCGCGAGGGAACUGCAGCCCGCGAGGGGCGGGAAGCGGCGCCAGCAUGAAGCAGCUGCCUGUGCCCUGUUGAAACUUCAUGGCCACAGCCCCAGGCCCUGCUGGCAUUGCCAUGGGCAGCGUGGGCAGCCUGUUGGAACGGCAGGACUUCUCCCCCGAAGAGCUACGGGCAGCACUCGCGGGGUCCCGGACUUCCCGCCAGCCUGAUGGGCUCCUCCGGAAGGGCUUGGGCCAGCGUGAGCUCUUCAGCUACCUGCACCUCCCCAAGAAGGACGGCAAGAACACCAAGAGGGCCCCUCGGAACGAGCCUGCUGACUACACCACCCUCUACUACCGGGAACAUCCUCGGGCCGGCGACUUCAGCAAGACUUCGCUGCCCGAGCGGGGUCGCUUCGACAAGUGCCGCAUCCGCCCGUCGGUGUUCAAGCCCGUGGCGGGCGCUGGGAAAGGCUUCCUGUCCAUGCAGAGCCUGGCGGCCCAUAAGGGCCAAAAACUGUGGCGAAGCAAUGGCAGCCUGCACACGCUGGCCUGCCACCCCCCCUUGAGCCCAGGGCCCCGGGCCAGCCAGGCACAGGCCCGUGCCCAGCUGUUGCAUGCCCUCAGCCUGGACGAGGGUGGCCCUGAGCCGGAGCCCAGCCUGUCUGACUCCUCCAGUGGGGGCAGCUUUGGCCGCAGUCCUGGCACUGGCCCAGGCCCCUUCAGCUCCUCAAUGGGCCACAUUAACCACCUGGGGGGCUCCCUGGACCGGGCCUCACGGGUCCCCAAGGAGGCUGGGCCUCUAGCUAUGCUGAGCUGCCUGCCUGAGCCCCCACCCCCCUAUGAGUUCUCCUGCCCCACCACGGAGGAAGUGGUGGCCGUGCUGCCUGACACCUGUGACGAUCUCAAGAGGGGCCUUGGUGAUGAGGACGGCUCCAACCCCUUCACACAGGUGCUGGAGGAGCGCCAGCGGCUGUGGCUGGCUGAGCUGAAGCGCCUGUACGUGGAGCGGCUGCACGAGGUAGCUCAGAAGGCGGAGCGCAGUGAGCGCAACCUCCAGCUGCAGCUCUUCAUGGCCCAGCAGGAGCAGCGGCGGCUGCGCAAAGAGCUGCGGGCGCAGCAGGGCCUGGGCCCCGAGCCUCGGCCCCCCGGCGCCCUGCCGGAGGCCGACCCUAGCGCCCGACCCGAGGAGGAGGCCCGAUGGGAGGUGUGCCAGAAGACCGCGGAGAUCAGCCUCCUGAAGCAGCAGCUGCGGGAGGCGCAGGCGGAGCUGGCACAGAAGCUGGCCGAGAUCUUCAGCCUGAAGACGCAGCUGCGGGGCAGCCGGGAGCAGGCGCAGGCGCAGGACGCGGAGCUGGCCCAGCUGCGCGAGUUGGUGCGGAGCCUGCGGGAGCAGGGCCCGCGGGACGCAGCCCCGGGCGGCUGUGAGACGGACGACUGCAAGAGCAGGGGGCUGCUGGGGGAGGCGGGCGGCGGCGAGGCCGGAGGGGGCGGAGGGGGCGCCGAGCAGCUGCGGGCCCAGCUGGUGCAGGAGCGGCUCCGCGCCCAGGAGCAGGCGCUGUGCUUCGAGCGGGAGCGGCGGACGUGGCAGGAGGAGAAGGAGCGGGUGCUGCGCUACCAGCGGGAGAUCCAGGGGGGCUACCUGGACAUGUACCGCCGCAACCAGGCGCUGGAACAAGAGCUGCGGGCUCUGCGGGAGCCCCCAGCGCCCUGGAGUCCUCGGCUGGAGUCCUCCAAGAUCUGAGGGCAGUGGAUGAGCGGGCGGCAGAAGCCCCGCCCGAGAAUGGCUUGGACAAGCCCGCCCGGAGAUGGCUGGCUCCUUCCUUGCGCUGGUCUGUGG